GCACAUAUUGAUAUGCAUUAUUCCAUAUAUGUCACCCACACGCAUACCCCAUGAAGUUCUAUAAAAGGACACCGAUAUCAAUUGUUUUUUCGAUGUAGUACACGUCCUUGAUUUUCAGAUAUGGGUAGUCGCACGUGCUCCUCCGCCGUCGUGCUCGCCAUCUCCGUCGUCGCGGUGCUUCUCAACGCGGACGUGGCGCUGUGCGGCUGCAGAUACAAGCGCUUCUUCGCGUUCGGUGACUCCCUCAUCGACACCGGCAACUUCGUGUACACCAUCGGCAACGGCCCGUCGCCACUCAAGGAGCUCCCCUUCGGCAUGACCUUCUUCAAGCACCCUAGCGGCCGCAUCUCCGACGGCCGUGUCGUCGUCGACUUCUAUGCGGAGGCGUUGGGCCUGCCGCUGCUGCCGCCGAGCAUCCCGGAGGAGGCGACCGGGCAGUUCCCCACCGGCGCCAACUUCGCCGUGUUUGGCUCCACCGCGCUGCCGCCGGAGUACUUCAAGACCAAGUACAACUUCACAGUGAACCCGCCUUCCACCCUCGACCGGCAGCUCGCCUCCUUCAAGAAGGUCCUCGCGCGCAUCGCUCCCGGGGCUGUCGCCACGAGGGCUCUCCUGAACGAUUCCCUGGUGCUGGUGGGCGAGAUCGGCGGGAACGACUACAACUUCUGGUUCGGCAACCCCAGUAAACCCCGUGCGACGCCGGAGGAGUACCUGCCCGACGUGGUCGCCCGCAUCGGCGCUGCCGUACAGGAGGUGAUCGACCUCGGCGCCAGGACGAUCGUCGUCCCGGACAACUUCCCCAUCGGGUGCGUGCCGGCGUACCUGAGCGCCCACCAGAGCAACGUCACGGCCGACUACGACGAGCUGCACUGCCUCAAGUGGUACAACGAGUUCUCCCAGAAGCACAACCAGGCGCUGCGGCAGGAGCUCGUCAGGCUCCGGUCGAAGAACCCCGGCGUCAAGGUGGUCUACGCCGACUACUACGGCGCCGCCAUGCAGUUCGUCCAGAAGCCGCAGGCGUAUGGCAUCGCCGACCCGCUCGUGGCGUGCUGCGGCGGCAACGGGCCGUACCACACCGGCGGGGCGUGCAACAGCAGCACGAAGCUCUGGGGCAGCCCCGACGGGUUCGCCAGCUGGGACGGCCUGCACAUGACGGAGAAGGCGUACAAGAUUGUCUCCGACGGCGUGCUGGAUGGGCCGUUCGCCGACACCCCGCUGCGCCAUCUUUGCUAG